GCGGAACUUCGUAGUUACGAAAAGUCUCUCGCGGUGUCUCGUCUCAUAUGCUUGCCGGCGAAGAUGUGAUAGAAUUCCACGGGUAAACGAUUGUUCGAGCGAAUGUUGCGAUCAAAGAAAUAAGUAACGAUGAACCUAACCACUGGGAAUCCUCACGGGAAUGGUUUACUCUACGCAGAUUUCAAUCAGGAUCAAGGAUGUUUUGCUUGUGGAAUGGAAAAUGGCUACAGAGUUUAUAAUUGCGACCCUUUAAAGGAAAAGGCCCGUCAUUUCAGUGAUGGAGGCCUUGGUCACGUGGAAAUGCUAUUUAGGUGUAAUUAUUUAGCACUAGUUGGCAGUGGAGCAAAACCAAUGUAUCCCACCAAUAAAGUUGCUAUAUGGGAUGACCUUAAAAAAUUACCAACGAUUACUUUAGAAUUUAAUGCUCCUGUAAAAGGUGUUAAACUAAGGAGAGAUAGGAUAGUAGUAAUUUUAGAAGGUGUUAUAAAAGUUUACACAUUCACGCAAAAUCCUCAACAGCUUCAUGUAUUUGAGACUAAUCCCAAUCCCAGAGGACUAUGUGUAUUAUGUCCAAACAGUAGUAAUUCUUUACUUGCUUUUCCUGGUAGAAAAAAUGGACAUGUACAAGUAAUAGAUUUGGCUAAUACAGAAAAGCAACCUCUAAACAUUGAAGCACACGAAACACCUUUAUCUUGUAUAGCUUUAAGCUUGCAAGGUACCAGGUUAGCUACUGCUUCAGAAAAAGGAACCUUAAUAAGAGUAUUUGAAACUCAGAGUGGAAAUAUGAUUAACGAACUGAGGAGAGGAGCUCACCAUGCAAAUAUUUAUUGCAUAAAUUUUAAUCAUGAUUCUACUUGGCUAUGCGUAGCUAGCGAUCAUGGAACUGUACACGUUUUUGCUGUUAAAGAUCAGAAAUUAAAUCGUCAAUCUAGUUUAGCGUCCGCCACUUUCCUGCCAAAAUAUUUUAGUUCAAGCUGGAGCUUUUGCAAAUUUCAAGUUCCGGGAGGUCCGCAAUGUAUGUGCGCUUUUGGGGCUGACAGCAAUAGUAUUAUAGUUAUAUGUGCAGAUGGUAGUUACUACAAGUUUGUAUUCAAUAAUAAAGGUGAAUGCACAAGAGAUUUUUAUGCACAGUUCCUUGAAUUAACAGACGACAAAAUGUGAUCGGAUGAAAAGGAAGUAAACUCCACAAGAGCCGUGGUAAACUCCUAAAUACAAAGACAUCACACUUACACGUUUCGCGAUUUUCUUUUGUUUACCUAUUGUUUGCUAAACAAACGAAUGAGAGUACAUACACCUUUAAUACAAUAAAUUUAGUGUUUAUUGUAUGUGAUGUGUAGUUUAUAUGGUAAGCAGGAGUUGUGUUUGUUAUUUAAAAUCAUACUCUAUGUGAUAGAGGACCAAACGAAACGUACUAUUUCUUUGUUUGUGAUAUAUGCACUGUGUGUGAAUUAUGAAUGGCAAAUUGUAAGAAAAAAUUUUAAAGAAUACUAAAACAUACUGUUAUUCACUUGUUAUAUGGGCCUAUCGCUGGAACUCUACUCAUAUAGAGUUGCAAGUUUUAAAAUGUUGCAAGCUGAAAAAAGAAAGUAUGUCUUUCUUAAACAUAAAUUACGAAAUUUAUGGUUAAAACUGAUAUGAAUAUUUCGAAAAAAAAGAUAUCGUGUGAAAAUAAUUAAGCUGUUUUUGGUAUUAAGUGUGUGCUUUGCAAUUGAAUCAUGUAUUUUUUUUAUAUAUACAUAUUUAUUUUAUGAAACUAUAAAUCUUUCGUUUAUUGUUAUAAGAUGUAUCAUGAUUGAAAACGUUUCAUAUCUCUUAUUGUACACAAGUUUUAAGGAUGACGUAAACAUAUACAACUUGGCUAAUUAUUGUAAACAUCUUCGGUAAUUACCCAAUUAAACGAUGAGACAUAUUUAACGUA